UGACUCCAUGUUUGGGCAAUCAGCAGCCCCGAGGAAAAAGUGUCGUGGAAAGCAUGGAGUUUCCCGUAGAAUGAAUUGGAUAAUACUUUCCAAGAAAACAAACAGACGUUUCUCCUGAACGUCUUGGAGGUCUUUCUUUUUUUUUUCAAUGUAAAUCAUUGACUUGGCCGAGGCCGCUCCCUAUAAACGGUGGAACUUGGAGGUCAAGGAAGAUCAACUUAAUUACGGAUAAAAGGAGUAAGGAGUCUCAGAGAAAGCCAGAGCAAAUGGAGAAAGCUAUCAACAGACAGAGAGUUCUUCUCGAACAUCUUCGUCCCUCUUCUUCUUCUCCUUCUCCUUCUCCAAUCAAUGAAUCUUCUCUCUCUGCUUCAAUUUGUUUGGCUGGCAAUAGAGCUACAAAUCCAGUUGAUUCUGGAGAUGACAUUGUGGUGGUGGCUGCCUGUCGUACCGCCAUUUGCAAAGCCAAACGUGGGGGUUUCAAGGAUACCCUUCCCGAUGAUAUACUUGCCCCUGUUCUGAAGGCAUUGAUAGAGAAGACAAAUGUGGACCCAAGUGAGGUAGGGGACAUCGUUGUUGGUACAGUUUUGGCACCAGGUUCACAAAGAGCAAUUGAGUGUAGAAUGGCAGCCUUUUAUGCAGGCUUUCCUGACACUGUACCAAUCAGAACUGUCAAUAGGCAAUGUUCAUCUGGUCUUCAAGCGGUUGUUGAUGUAGUUGCAGCCAUAAGAGCAGGAUUGUAUGACAUUGGAAUUGGGGCUGGAUUAGAAUCCAUGACAACAGAUAACAUUGCUGGAGUUACCACAGUUAACCCAAAAGUAGAUAUUUUUGCACAAGCCCGAGAUUGUCUUCUUCCCAUGGGUCUUACUUCUGAAAAUGUUGCAAAACGUUAUGGGGUGACAAGGCAAGAGCAAGAUCAGGCUGCUGUCGAAUCUCAUAGGCGUGCAGCUGCUGCAAGUGCAGCUGGUAAAUUCAAAGAAGAAAUAAUUCCAGUUUCUACUAAGAUUGUGGAUCCAAAAACUGGAGAGGUGAAGCCUGUUAUAAUUUCUGUGGAUGACGGCAUUCGGCCUGAUACAAAUAUGAAAUCACUAGCAAAGCUGAAGCCUGCAUUUGCAAAGGAUGGGUCCACAACUGCUGGGAAUGCUAGCCAGGUGAGUGAUGGUGCUGGAGGAGCCCUCCUCAUGAAGAGAAGUCUGGCUAUGAAGAGGGGUCUUCCUAUCCUGGGGUUGUUCAGGAGUUAUGCUGCUGUGGGUGUGGAGCCUGGUGUCAUGGGUGUAGGUCCAGCUGUUGCAAUCCCAAUUGCUGCAAAAAAUGCUGGUCUUGAGGUUGCUGACAUUGACCUGUUUGAAAUAAAUGAGGCAUUUGCAUCCCAAUAUGUAUACUGCUGUAAGAAACUGGAUCUUGAUCCUAAAAAGGUCAAUGUUAAUGGAGGUGCUUUGGCUCUUGGGCAUCCCCUGGGUGCUACAGGUGCUCGCUGUGUUUCAACACUGUUGUAUGAGAUGAAGCGCCGUGGCAAGGACUGCCGGUAUGGUGUGAUUUCCAUGUGCAUAGGCUCGGGCAUGGGGGCUGCUGCCGUUUUCGAAAGAGGCGAUUCUACUGAUGAGGUAUGCAAUGCCCAAAUGGAAAAACACAACAAUCUCUUGUCAAUGGAUGCCCAGAAGAAAUUUCGAUUUGGCUAUGAUGUUUCUGAAAACAGAAAUAAACAGUAUUACAAUAGUAUUACAAUUGGACCAGUAUGGAGCUGUCAAACUGGUUGACCCGCUGCAGUUCGAUAGUUAGAGGGUUCUGCAAUGUUUUUAGAUGGUUCUGCAAUUUUUUUAUUUUUAGACAAUGAAAUAAAUUGGGUCCUUUCUGUUUACUAGUGGAUUUUGGAAAUGUCAAUGAUAUGUGAGCUCUUGACUGAUAAAA